AGAAGCUGCGCGCCUCCCUGGCACCGUGCCUCAGGCGGGCACCCAUCUGACACUGGACCCCAGGUACGCUAGGAGGGACCCACAUCCUUGUUUAACUCCCCUGGGGGCAAGCCGUGAGUCCUAGAGGGGAUAAUUAUUAUUUUAAUUCUCGCCGAGGACUAGAGUGCAAUAAUCCAAGGAUUCGGGAAACGAUUGCCCAAGCAAAGCGCCUCUUGGCAUUGAGGACGGCACGACCAAAGUUAAAGGCCAACAUUGUGAGAAUCUCCGCCUUAAACCAGCGGAGGAUCGAGAUUAAAUCAACAAGCCCCGACUGUACAGGACCACUAGAGACAAGAGAAGAACGAUUGUUCUUCAAUCACUGAAGCAUAGCUUGCAAUAGCAGCGUGAAGGGCAGCUUGCACUGUCCCAGGGGAGGAAGGACAAAGCACCCCUCAAGUAGAAGAAAAGACACGGGAAUUGCUGCGCCUUGCAGAGCUCCCUCUGACGACUGGUGUACCCUUGCAAAGUGCAAGCCCGCAGCACCAGCAGAGGGUCGCUCGCAUCCGGCACCCGCCGCCUUAUGUGGUGCCUGGAGAGGCUCCGCUUGGGUCCCGAGCGCCUCCUGAGGGGCAGGAACGGGAUUCUUCAGGGUCGGGGCCGCCGAGCCCCGGCCCUCAUGCCCGCCGCGUGGGAAAACGUGCUCACCCCGGACCGCAUCCCUGAGUUCUGCAUCCCCCCGCGACUCGCGCCCUGCACGGCCCUGGCUGCACUCCGGGUUUCCUGGAUCCAAGCGGCAGAAAUAGACAACGCCGCGGGGCACACGGACUGGGACCCGCGCUCGCAGGCCGCGCUCUCGCUGCCGCACCUGCCGCGCGCGCGCACCGCCUACGGCUUCUGCGCGCUGCUCGAGAGCCCGCACACUCGCCGCAAGGAGUCGCUCUUCCUCGGGGGCCCCGGGGCCGCCCCGCUCCUGCCCCCGGGCGCAGCCCCCGCCCCCGCCCCCGCGCUCCCCGCCGGCGCCCGCCCGACCUCGGACGCGCCCGCCCCGCCGCCCGGCGCCCGCCGCCUCCUGCGCGCCCCCGAAGGACUGCUGAGCCGCGCGCUGCGGGCCCGGAGGAGCCGCGGCCUGGCGCGCGCCCGCGGCGCGUCCAGCGGGGACGAGGACGAGGACGAGCAGCGCGGCGCCGGCUCGCGGCCCCCGGCCCGGGCCCCCUCCGCGUCCCCGCCGCCGCCGCCGCCGCCGCCGCCUGGCUCCGACCCGGGGCCCGAGUGCCUGGAGGCCGAGGGCACCGUGGCCCUGGGCGGCGCCGGGGGCGCCCUGCGCCUGGCCGCCCAGUACAGUCGGGCCAGCGGGCGGCUCCGCGUCCGGCUGCUGGGCGCCCAGGGCCUGGCCGCGGGAGCCGCCGAGCCCCGCGCCGUCGGCUGCCGCGUCAGCUUCGUCCUGCGGCCGCCGGGCAAGACGCGGCCGCAGCGCAGCGCCGUGGUGCGGCCGAGCCGCAAGGCCGCCUUCGACCAGGACGUGUGCCUGGACGGGCUGUCGGAGGACCAGGUGCGCCGCCUGGCCGUGCGCGUCACGGCGGAGAAGCGGGGCCGCGGCCGGGAGCGGGGCCGCCUGCUGGGCCAGGGCGAGCUGCUGCUGGGCUCCCUGCUGCUCCCCUGAGGGCGCCCGGGCCUCGGGCCGCCCGUGCCCUCGGGGCGCUCUCCGCCCGCUGGGAACCCGGGCACGGCCAGCCGCUCCGUACAAAACAAAUGCUAUUUAUUUAUUCUUCUACCCAGGACUUUGUUCAGUCCAAUAUUGGCACAUAUGUUGCUAGAUUAAUUACCACAAUAAAGGACGUAAUAUUUUGUGUAAUGCCUUCAAAAUUCGUUUCAGCAA